AUGGCCAAUGAAGUUUACAUUGUUUCUGCUGUUCGUACACCGAUAGAUUUUGUAUUUACAAUAGGUUCGUUUGGCGGUUCAUUGUCGUUUCUGAAAGCUCAUCAAUUAGGCUGCAUAGUGAUUUCAGAUGUUCUUAAAAGAGCUAAUGUCAAUGCAAAUGAAGUAUCUGAAGUUAUUCUUGGACAGGCCCUUACAGCUGGACAAGGUCAGAAUCCAGCUAGACAAGCUUCAAUUAAUGCUGGAAUUCCAAUCACUGUACCCGCUCAUGUCAUCAACAUGCUCUGUGGAUCUGGGCUGAAGGCUGUGGUUUGUGGGUACCAGGCAAUCAAAUGUGGAGAUUCUUCAAUUGUAAUUUCAGGUGGUCAAGAGAGUAUGAGCAACUCUCCUCAUGUUGUCAAUAUACGAUCUGGGAUUAAAAUGGGUAACGCAGAAUUGACAGAUACAAUGCUAUGCGAUGGACUGAUAGACGCAUUCGACAACAUACAUAUGGGCAUGACUGCUGAAAAUAUUGCUGAAGAGUAUGAUAUUUCGAGGGAACUUCAAGACAGCUAUGCUUUGGAGUCUCAGAAACGGACAGCUGAAGCUCAAAAAAAUGGUUACUUCACAGAUGAAAUAACACCAGUUGAGCUAAAAGUACGACGAAAUACAAUCAUAUUUGACACAGAUGAAUAUCCAAAAAAUGAUACUACGUUAUAUUCAUUAGCUGCAUUGAAGCCUGUUUUUAAAUUGAAUGGUGGUGUAGUUACUGCUGGAAAUGCUUCAGGAAUAAACGAUGGUGCUGCUGUUGUACUUCUAAUGAACGAAGAAGAAUGCAAAAAACGAGGUUGUAUUCCAUUGGCUAAAAUUGUAGCUCACGCUGAGUGUGGGGUUGAUCCAAAAAUAAUGGGUACUGGACCAAUACCUGCAGUGUUGAAGACUAUUGAAAAAGCUGGUUGGACAAUGGAUAGCGUUGAUAUUUUUGAAUUAAAUGAAGCGUUUGCUGCACAAUCAAUUGCUGUAGUGCGGGAUUUAGGUUUAAAUCCAGAUAGAGUGAAUAUCAAUGGAGGUGCAAUUGCAUUGGGUCAUCCUAUUGGAGCAUCUGGUGCUCGAGUAUUGGUAACACUGGUGCAUGUCUUGUUGAGAACCGGCAAAAAACGAGGCAUUGCAUCCUUAUGUGUUGGCGGAGGUAUGGGUAUUGCUGUGGCCAUCGAGACAGUUUAAUCAAUCAACACUUUAAAAUUCACUCUACAAGAGGACAUCAGAAGAUUUUAAGAAAAUUAUAAAACUAUUUAAACUUACUCUGAGGUUAUGGGUAGGAAAUAAUUAGGUUACUUUAGAUAUAACACCUAAUAUUUUAAUUAUUUUAAAUAUGCACCAAUAAGUGUGGAUAUUGAACGUACUUUUUCAUUAUAUUAAUAUUGUUUAAGUAACAAACGAUACAAUUUUCAA